CUAAGAGGAGAAAUGACUGUUGUACCCACAGGAGCCAAGAUCUCUCUCAGAGAUAGCAAGUUUAUUCAAGUGAUUGCCAGAUCUCUAAGUAUCAGCUGCAAGGAGGAGUUAGAAGCUGUAAGAGAUGCAUUAAUUCCACCUUUGGCUUGUGCUGCAGCUAAACUGGGUGACAUAGACGCACUGAGAGCCAUAGCAGAAAUGGGUGGAAACCUAAGCUGUGAAGACUAUGAUGGCCGAACUCCACUUCAUAUUGCAGCCUCUGAAGGGCAUUUACCAUUAGUUGAGUAUUUGUUAACAUCUGGUGCAACUGUUUACGCUAGAGACAGAUACGGAUCUACCCCACUGAUGAAUGCGAUCAAGUUCAGGCACAUACAGGUGAUCAAUUUAUUACGAGAAACAGGAGCUCAUCUUUCAAGCCAUGACUUGGAGAACACUGGAACAAUACUUUGCAGCCUUGCAGCUAAAGGUGAUGUGGAUGGGCUGUACGCCUGGUACCUGGCUGGUGCAGACCUGGAGCAAACUGGUUAUGAUGGCAAGAAUGCCCUACAAGUAGCAAAGGCUACAGGGCAUAAGGAGGUUCUUGACUUCCUCAGACAGAAGCAACAAAAGAAGGCUGUAGAAGAUGGUCACUCCUCUUAGAAAUACCAGCUCUGAAGUAUUAGAGGUGUUCAGUGAUUAUGAGGAGAAAAAAGGAAAGGAACAACAGAAGCUGCACACGGAGCAUGCAGGAAAACUAAAACUGACUUAGAAAUGUUCUUUACUUAGGAACACGUUCAGCUCUCACUGAUUUUCUAAAAACAAUAUGCUGCUUUAUGUUUUAAUCACUUUUUUUUUUAAAGGAAAGUUUUGUGAACGAGUGAGGCUGGAAUGUAUUGUCCUUACUGCACAAGCUCUGCUUUUAAGGAGACUUUUUGAAUCUUCUUUCAUUAAAUCACCGAAGACAGUAUUGCAGGCAUGGCAAAAGGAAGUGCCGUGGUGAACUCGUUCCAAGAGAAAACAGUGGAUUGUACAUUUCUGUGUUUCAACUAAUAAAAUCUCUGUGGAACAA